AUGAGGAUGUUCUUUCUUCUCCGUCUGGCUUCCUUCUUUUCACCUUCACUUCCGCUCGCCCGUCGCCGAGUUUUCAGAAAGAAGCCCCGCGUCCUGGUCGUGGGCAUCGGUUUCAAGGUUGGCCAGUCGACGCUCAGCAACUCGCCCGGGCUGGACGUCCUCGAGCGCCUCUCCAUGAGUGGUGAGGUCGAGGCCAUAUUUGCAGACACGUUGGUCUCACAGGGCAUGAUCCCACAUAUGCCAAGGCGCGGGGAUGAGGUGUGGACUAUGCAAGACUUACAGGCCUCUGACACAGUCAUCGUCACCGUACGCCAGGUUGGCUUUGACUCUGGUGUCCUCCACGCCAUCCCUUCUUCAACAAAGAUUGCUUGUCUUUGCAGGCAGUAG